AUGUCAAAAAUUUUAAAAAAUCAACAAUCAAUUGUAAAUUUAAUCUGGAGACGUAACUUGCAAAAUUCACGAAAAAUAUCUAUCAAUAUAGAUGAUUUACUUGAUGAAUCGUUUUUAUUACUACGUGAACUUUUAAAUAAUCUUAAAUCAAUAAAUGAUACUGAUCCAAUUGGUACUCUAUUAUCAUUAUUUGCAAGUGUAGGCUAUUUAGCAACUAACUCUACAGUUACUAUAUCGAAUCAAACAACUAAUUUGAAUAUUUUUGUACUACUAAUUGGCCCGUCAGGUUCUGGUAAAACUAAAAUUAUUGGACCUGUUAAAAGAUCCAUAAUCAACACUAUGAAGGCCUUAAACAUUCCAAACGAAAAUUACGGCAUCAUCGAUGAUUUCACAAUAGCAUCAUUAACACUUAAAUUAGCUAAAAGCAAUGCAUUUAUAAUGUCAGAUGAAGCGGAAAAACCAUUGUUAACUCUUGGUUUUUACUCACCAUUCUCCGAUAGUACUGCUGCUGAUAGAAUAGCUGGAUGCAAGUUCUUCGGCACUGUACCAACAACAAAGGACACUAUGACGUACCAUCUUGAAGUCAGCUCUCAUUUGUCUUUUCUUGGAGCGACAACUGGUCGAUUAUGGAAUCGUCUAAUCGACUAUUAUGUACAAGGAAAUCAAACAGAUGGUUUUUCAGAACGGUUUCUACAUUACACGAUACCGAAGAAAAACGAUUUAAAUAGUAUUAAAUCGCAAACACUAGAUUAUCAUAACGACAAUAAUGACGACAAUGACGAUAGUGAAGAAGAUAUCAGCGACGAUGAAUAUGGAACUACAACGGCGAAAAAUAUGAAUCAAAAUCAGCCGAGUCUAACACAAAUAUUAAUUGUCUGUCGUUUAUUAGGUGAUCGUAUAUUUACUUUAAGUCGACAUGGCACAAAAAAAUUCAACAAUAAAAUACGCCAAUAUCAAGAAUUAGCUCAACAUGAUGAUUCAGAUGACAUUAAUUAUGCAUCACGAAUUGGCAAAGCCGCUGAAAUUUUAUGUAAAAUAGCUGGCAUUUCUCAAAUUGUAAAAAUUUCACUGGAAAUACUACAAAUUUUGAAAGAUCAAAACCAACUCUUAUAUGAUGAUACCAGUUUGAAUUUUAUUCGCAAUACGACACAAUUAAUUGAAAAUAAGUAUCCAUCUGCCAACUUAGUUUUGGAAAUACAAUCAUCUAGUACACGACUAGCUGGAUAUUUAUUCUGCAACUAUCUAAGAAAAAUGUUCAUCGAACUUUAUAAUACUAGUCCACUACUUCCAAACGAAUUAUCAACUCGAAAUCAGAUAUUGCCUAUUCAAACAUCAUUGAAUACAAUUCGUGAAUAUAUAUUCGAAAUAAAUCAAUUGUUUUUUCUGAAACGUGACUUAACAGGACCAAUGGGAGUACUUCGACGUUUUCCAACUGAUCUGGUCAACACAGCUCUCGACGAAUUAAUAAAUUAUGAAUUUAUACGAAAAGGGUGCAUAAAACCAACAAUUCAAAACGCGUCGAAAAAUCCUAAGACUGAAUUAUCAAAUACAUUAAUUCAAUCACGCACACCAUCAAUAAUAUCUUCCGUAAGCCAAACAGUUAAUAUCUCAGGUUCUCCAACUCAUAUCGAAAUAUUGCAUUCAAAUCUGCAGACGCUAACUGAAACACAAUUUAAUAAUAAUUCCACAUUAACAACUAAUUUGCUAUCAUCGAACGUUGAAAACGUAACAUUCAACAACCAAUCAACACCAGUUCAGGUGACUACUAAUCAAUUUGAAGAUAUCAGCGAAAGUAUGAUCCAAAUAAUUAAUCAAUACAAUGCUAAUUAUUUAUUUCUAGCAAUGCUGACAACUAACGAUUCUAUUCUAAAAUACAUUAAUAAACUCCACAAUAACUCGGAUAAGAUCCAUUCUAACAUGCAUACUUCAUUCAGUCAUAUAAUAUCUCCUGAAUCAUUAAAUCAUACUAAAUUAGAUCCUCAGAAAAAUCAAUUUAUUGGUUCAUCUGAUAUCAUCAUGCCAUUAGAAAAUAUCACUAUUCCUACUAACAAUAAAACAACCAUGAACACUUCUGAACGACAUGUUUCAACUACGACACUUCAUAAUUUUGAUAAUGUAACAAAUAUUCUAACCGGAUUUCAAAAUAAUAUAUCGAAUAUCGCUUCGACAAGUAUCGCUCGACCUUCUUUUGAAACUAACGAUUCAUCAAUUUCUAAUCCAGCAUCAUCAAAUGCUGAACCAUUAAGCAGUAAUACCGCUCGUGCACAAAAAUCUAAACGAAGAACGAAAACAAUUGAAAUUAAAAAGAAGAAAAUAAAACGCAAAUGA